CUGCUAAUGACAAUGUUGCAGAGACAGUUGUAAAAUGUGACUUGAGUUUUGUUUUACGUGUUUACUUUGUAAUCACUUUGUAAUUAUUCGUAUUCUAUUAUUUGAUUCUGAGCUCGAGUUCAGACUGUUAAAGCACGUAACAAUUACGAAUAACACUAUAUUUGCUUGCAAUAUUUCCAGAAUGCGAUCUUUAUACUAUUGUUCAUCUACAAGAAAGGCUCUUAGCUGACAAAAUUGUAAAAUACAGGUUACUGGAGUGAAGAAUUAUUGAGCAAUGAACAAAAAAGUAGAGGAUAUCUGCUGGUAUCACGGUAAAUUAUCUCGAGAAGAUGCUGAAGAUCUCCUGAAACAAGAACCUGAGAAGAAUGGUUUGUUUCUUGUACGUGAUAGCAUAUCUUCAGCUGGAGAUUAUGUGUUAUCUGUGAUUCACAAUGGGGAAAUUAAUCAUUAUCAGAUAAGAAGACAUGUUGAAGAUGCUUUCUUCUCUAUUGAUGAACGUAUUAAGUUCCAUGGCCUAGACGUGCUGAUCGAAUAUUAUCAAACCAAUCCAAAUGUGUUAUAUGAAGGUCUCGUUCUCACAGAAUAUAUUAAAGGCUCGCAACCGCCACACGAUUCAAGACUUUUAGGUAGAACAAAUCUUCUACACCGAGCCACACUCGGUGGUAGCCUUGAAGUUGUUUCAGCUCUUUUAAAAACUGAUAAGCCGCCAGAUGUUAAGGACCAGGAAGGCAGAACAGCAGCUCAUCUAGCUAGUAUGAAAGGGUUUGACCAUAUUUUGGAAAGGCUUGUUGAGUGUGAUGCAAAUGUUAACUUGAGGGAUUCUGCUGGAUAUACACCCUUACAUUAUGCCUGCCAAAACAACUUUCCAUCAACUGUGAAACUGCUAGUACAAAAAGGUGGUGCUAAUGUCCAAGCUAGGCAUACGGACUCUGGAAGAGUUCCCUUACAUGAGGCUGCAGAAAGAGGCUAUAUUGAAAUUGUUACAGAACUGAUUUCUGUGGGUGCACCAAUCAGACCCAGAAAUAAAGAUGACGCAACUCCAGGUCAAUUAGCAAGAAUGAAUGGUUAUAUAGAAUGUGCAGAAAUAAUAGAACAAUAUAAGCAUAAGGUGACGAGAACAGAGAAAAGUAAAUGGUACCAUGGGACAUUGGGGAGGCAAGAAGCUGAAACUAUGAUAAAAGAAUAUAGUACCAAAAAUGGUACAUUUUUAGUUAGGUUUAGCGAGAGGAACAAGCAAAAUGUGCUGACGUUAAUCUAUGAUGAAGAAUUUUAUCAUUAUAUUAUUAAUACAAAUAAGGACGGGUUUUUAUAUAUAGAUGACGGACCGUAUUUAGAUUCAUUAGAACAUAUUGUAGAACAUUACAGUUUAAUGCAAGAUGGUCUACCUACAGUAUUACAAUACCCUGUGCUACCAAAGCCAAAACCCCCGGUUCCAGAGUUUUCAACGAUGCCUAGGCCGAAAAGAAAAAAUAAAGUUGUUCAAAGUGAACCGCCAAAAUCCAGCAAUACCAUGCCCAAAUGUUAUCCUAGUCAGUCACAAAACAUCGCUUUCACUUGUGAUAUCAUAACUUCGAACAAUAAUAAUUACAAUGAAAAGGAAGAUAGGUAUAUUCCGCUAGAACGUCUUACAAGAGGCGCAUUGAUAGGCGAAGGUGAAUUUGCAUCUGUGUAUGAAGGUACUUACUUGAAAAACAACGGACAGCUGAUCAAAGUUGCAAUAAAAACCUUGCAUCCAGAACAAAUGCAGUCGAGCAAAUCGGAAUUUCUCAGAGAAGCUGAAGUGAUGAUGAAAUUAGACCAUCAUUGUGUAGUUAGGCUCAUAGGACUAUCAGAAGGUCCGCCAUUAUUAAUGGUACAAGAGUUGUUGCCUUUAGGUUCUAUGUUACAGUACAUUACGUCUAAUAGCGAUAGAAUCAACUCAAACUUUGAGUUUAAGAUCUGGGCUGCUCAAAUUGCUUAUGGUAUGCAAUAUUUGGAACAAAAUGAACUUGUCCACAGAGAUUUGGCAGCAAGAAAUAUUUUGCUGGCAAGCAGAAACCAAGCUAAAAUUAGUGAUUUUGGCCUUUCGAGAGCUUUUGGCCAAGGCCAUCAAUAUUACCAAGCAAAAGAAGGUGGUAAGUGGCCAUUGAAGUGGUAUGCUCCGGAAUCAUACAAUUAUGGGCAGUUUUCUAACAAAAGUGACGUUUGGAGCUUUGGAGUUACUAUAUGGGAAAUGUACACUUUUGGAGAAACGCCCUACGGGGAUCUCAAAGGGUCAGAUGCAAUAACAUUGAUUGAACAAGGAGAGCGACUGAAACAACCAGACGCGUGUCCUGAUCACAUUUACGAUAUAAUGAAGCGUUGUUGGGACUACAAAGCUGCAGCCAGACCCUCAUUCCAGGAAUUGGUUGACAUAUUCACCACGGAUUCUGGCUAUAUGAACAUCAAAGACCUGGUGUCUGAUGUGAACCUUGUUUAAACUGAUUUUAAGCUCAUUUCAGAAAUUAUGUCGUUCCUUUUGAAAGCCUGACAGUAGAAAAACUACUGUGUUGUUUGUUUUAUGUGUAUAUUGAUAGAUAAAAACAAGAUGAAAGCCGGAAAUUGGUGAAUUAAAAACUAUGUGGACGUGAGUAUUGAACUUUUUAAAAUAGAUUAGCAGAAUUCUGAUAUUACCCAACAUAAAUAUAUGUGCCGUAAAAUGAUUGUUUAUACAGGAAGCUUUUAAACACCAAUUAGAUAUGAUUGAUAUUCACACGUCCACAUUUUAUCCUGAGUGCCUAUAUCAAUUCCAUACUAUUUGUAAUCUGAUUUUAUGCUUUAAUAGUAAUCUGAAAUUUUGUGCCAAUGGAUUGUGUCAAACAAAAAGUAAGUCUAGUAUUUUAAUACUUGUCCGUAUGACUAUAUAAAAUUUUGCUCCUAUAUAUACAGGGUGGUCCAUCCAUGUGUGUACGGAAUAUUACUCAUAAACAAAUACAUUUUGGGAAAAUCUAUUUAUGGCAUGUUAUACAUGACAUAUGAGGGCACAUUUCUAAAAUAUUGGCAAUUAUACAGGGUGUCCCAAUUUUGACCUACAUAUCAAAGUUGUGAUUUUUUAAAUGGAAUGCGUCAAAUUUUAUUGCAUAUUUGGAUAAACCAAUUCAAAAGAAGAAGAUUGAUAAAACAUACUAUGGGGUUUUGGUAAUGAGCUACUGAGAUGUAAGGUGUUUUGUCCAGAAAAAACGGCCAUUUCGGCAACCCCGCAAUCCGCCAUUUUGCAAUUUGGAGUGCUGAAUUUUGUAUAAAAAAAACUUACACACCUCAGCUUUUAUCUUAUUCGUUACUUUUUCGAAUUUUCAUUUUUGCUCAUACAGGGUGGUCAAAAACGCGAUUUGUACUUUUUCUCAAAAAUGUCAAAUGCAUCACCCUGUAUAUUUGUGCAAGUUUGGAUUCAAUUUUUUAUGAGCUCUUUGCCUAACCCAGUAAGGGUUUUCUGUCGCAUAAUAGUGCAUGUUAUGCCUGUUGACAACACCUAUGCUGUUAAAAGUUGCCUCAUCGCUAAAAAGAACACUAAUCCAGGAAAGUAGUGUCUUCACUCACUUUAUUUAGCAUUAUUCUACUAAACUCCAUUCGAGCUGCGAAAUCCUGAGGACCAAGGCCUUGAUGCAAGCAUAGGUGAUAUGGAUGGUACCUAUACCAACUUUGAUAUGUAGGUCGCAAUUGGGACACCCUGUAUAAUGGCCAAUAUUUUAGAAAUGUCAUGUAUAACAUCCCAUAAAUAGAUUUUCCCAAAAUGUAUUUGUUUAUGAGUAUUCCGUCCACACAUGGAUGGGUCAUCCUGUAUAUUAUAUGUAUAUAUGUUUGUCUACAUUGUCCAAUUUUUCACGCCAUUCCGUGCCUUACAUACUUCUACAUAAUUUUGAAUUGUAUUUACAGUAGUUUUGCCACUGAACUGUAUAUAUUGAAAUUUUUGUGUCUUAUUUAUUAUAUAUUGAGAACUUUUAUAACUUUUACAAAUAUUUCCUUAUUCGGGUUAAUAUUAGUUUUCUACAUUUUUAUAAGCAAUAUUUUUCUAUGCAAUAUCUCUACAUUUGGUGUGCAAUAGUGCA